CGUCACGGUGCUGAAGGGGCGUCCAACAUGGCGGGGCUCUGGCGCCAGUCUGAUUCAAGCUUCUACAACAACUGAACUGAAAACAAUGGAGCGGCAGGAUGUGCCGGAUUCCUCGGCCGUUGACGACUGUAAUAACAGUGAGGAUGAAGAAAUAUGGUGUUUGAAAAGAGUGGGGAGGGACUCCGAGUGGCUUUGCCUGCACGACAACACUGAGGUCACACUUGGACGUGGCAUGAAUGUCACCUACCAGAUUUUGUCCCUACGUUAUCCUUUAAUGAUAUCCAGAAACCACUGUGCAUUCAAGCAGAACAGUGAUGGUCAGUGGACGGUAACAGACAAUAAGAGUCUUAAUGGCGUGUGGGUGAAUGGAGAACGCAUUCAAGCGGAAAAGGCAGUGCAGCUGAAUGUCGGCGAUUCAAUAAAACUAGGGGUUCCUGUUGAUGGAAUGGAAGUAGAGUUUGAGUACAUCCUUUUGCGAGACUCUCUGCGGACAGUCAAACCCUUUUUACACGUCAAGUUAGCGGCAGAGGACGAUGCGGCAUCCAAAACAAGAAAAAGUAAAAGAAAAUUCAGCAUGGAGGAGACGGAGUCCCCAACUGCACUAGAGUCCAAAUCUAAGCUGUAUCGUAGCUCCACCACAGACAAAUCACUGGGCCUAACGUGUCCCGUAGAGGAGGCUACGCAACAGAGCAGGGCACUCCGAGAGGCGGCAGGGCCCAGCGGGACACAUUUACAGCCGCAGCCAGGAUCUGACACCAGUGCAGAGCUUGCCCGCUUACAGCAGUACAACCACAGCAUGCAGGUGCUGAAAAGCAAGCUGCUGGACACGGAACUGCAGGCUGCAACUUUGCAAGCAAAGCACCCAGCCAGAGAGGAGGAGAUGGCCAAGUUGCAGGAGCAGCUGAACAUGAUGCGAGAACAAUUGAAUUGUCAGCGUGAGCAGCAGAUUCAAAGAGUCCAGAUUCUGGAGGAAUCUUUUUAUAAGGAGGAGAAACGUUUGGAGAUGGAAAAAAAACAACUACAGGAGGACAAUUUGAAAAAACAACUUGAAGAAACAUUGCUUGAGCACAGAAAGGUGAUGGAGGAGUUGAAAUGCUGUCGUCGAGGCUUUGAAGAGAUAAUUCAAGCAAAAGACAAAGAGCUAGAAGAGACAAAGGAGGAGAAGGAAAAAGCCAGAGCCCAAAAGGAAGAAGUUGUAACACAGAUGACUGAAGUGCUGGAAAAUGAACUUCAGUGUAUUAUUUGCUCAGAGCUUUUCAUUGAGGCUGUGACUCUGAACUGCGCUCACAGCUUCUGUCUUCAUUGUAUUGGGGAAUGGCGAAAGCGCAAGGAUGAGUGCCCCAUCUGCAGGCAGGUUAUAGCAUCACAGACACGGUCCCUGGUCCUGGACAACUGCAUUGACCGCAUGGUUGACAACCUUAGCGUUGAAAUGAAGGAGCGACGACAGGCUCUUAUUAGUCAGCGGAAAGCAGCCCCGCUUGUAGCAGUGGAGGUGGUACAAGAUGAUGACAGCCACAGUAACAGCAGCUCCUUUUGGAGCAGCAGUCCCAUGGAGAGCAGCUACUCUGGAAGUGGCUUCCUGAGCAGCGGCUUCACUGACAAUAGCAGUGAGCAGUCUUUGGACAGCACUUUCAUGUCUUCUGUCCUCUCUCAGGAAGAGUGCAGCUCCAGCUGCAAUUUGGACAGCUUCAGCUUCAGUGACAGUUCCAUUUACUUCAGUGACAGCUCUUAAUGUACAUCACGCCUCUCACCUGGCCCCUUCUCGCAGGCUCGCUUUCAACUAAGUGGUCCACAAAAACCGAAAAAGCAGAUCCUUUUAAUAUGUUUAGGGUCUGGUUAUUGUUUACAAGCCGUUGCUUUUUACUGCCCUCUUUCACAUUAAUGCCCUAAUAAAUGUACCUCAGUCACAUUAGAUUACUCUGCAAGGUGUAGAUUUUGGCUUCUUUUCCUUUUUACAAUGUUGUUAAUAAGAGACGUUACAUUACAGUUCUGUUAAACGUUUACUGGUUAAUAAAUAUUUGGAGAAAUUCAGUGUUAACGUCUGAUGGUCAUCUUUAAGAACAUUUCCAACUUGUUUUAACGUGGUCUUUUGCUGACCCCCUUCCAAAACUGUUAGAGCUAUGAGACGCAAGGGGGCGACAUCGUUCCAAAAUCAACAAGUGAC